AUGCGCAUUUUGGUGCGAAGCCUGCAAAACAUGAACAUGGUGAAAGGCCGUCUCCUGGGUCGGAACACUUUACGCAGCACGAUCAUUGGAGUGGUGCCCAAGGAACAGACAGAAGAUGCUGAUGAAGAUCUUAAUGCAAUGCAUUCUAUUGGUACAGCAGCUGUUGUUGUACAAGUGACUGGCACCAACUGGCCCAAACCUGCCUACACUUUAUUGGUGACAGGACUGUGCCGACUAAAAGUGGAGGAAUUAUUACAAGAAACACCUUACCCUGUUGCAACUGUGACCCAGCUGGAUCAGCUGCCAGGCAAAGAUUUAGAUGAUAAUUUGAUGAAAAAUAAAGAGCUAAAUGAAUUGGCAGAGAAUUUUCGGGAACAAGCUGUAAAAUUAGUAGAUUUGCUUGAUGUUUCAAUCCCUGUUGUGGCUAAACUGAAGAAAAUGUUGGAUCAGCUUCCCAGUCAGCACCUUCCGGACAUUUGUGCAGCAAUUGUAAAAGCCUCUUACUCAGAAAAGAUGCAAGUUCUUGAUGCAGUUGACCUUUCCGACAGAUUCAAGCGUGCAUUGCCUUUAUUAAUGAGACAAGUUGAGGUUUUUCGACCUUCCAAGAAGGAAAAUGUUGAAAUCGUGACCCGAAAGGAACUUUCUCGACCUUCCAAUUCGAGGCGACUACUGAGGCGUCUUGGAGAUGAGUUGGAUGAUGAAGAAGAGAUGGAGAAUGAUGAUACCGCUGAUCUAGAACACAAAAUCAAACUUGCCAAAAUGCCUGAAUGCGCAUAUAAGGCUGCGAUGAAAGAACUGCGUCGCUUCAAGAAAAUGCUUCCAAAUAUGCCAGAACAUGCAAUGAUCAGGAAUUAUCUGGAGUUAAUGGUUGAAUUGCCAUGGUCCAAAAGUAACAAAGACACUCUGGACAUUGUGCAAGCAAGGGAAGCCCUUGAUGUUGACCAUUAUGGACUUGAAAAAGUAAAGAACAGAGUGCUUGAAUAUCUUGCAGUGCGGCAACUAAAAAAUAGCCUUAAGGGACCAAUUAUGUGCUUUGUAGGACCCCCAGGAGUUGGCAAGACUAGUAUUGGGCGAUCAAUUGCUCAUAUUUUGGGCAGAGAAUUCCACAGAAUUGCGUUAGGUGGGGUGAGUGAUCAGUCAGAUAUACGAGGCCAUAGACGCACAUAUAUUGGCAGUAUGCCUGGCCGCAUCAUACAGGGUUUGAAACUGGUUGGGACAAACAACCCAGUUUUCUUACUUGAUGAGAUUGAUAAAAUGAAUAAAAGCAUUCAUGGGGAUCCAGCAGCUGCUCUGCUGGAAGUACUGGACCCAGAACAAAAUGACACUUUCACUGACCAGUAUCCUUUUUAG